GCAGAGCUGAUAGACUUGCUUCACGAUGAGAACAGUCCCUGAAGCAAACGUCCGGCAGCCUGAUGACUCGGACGCGACCUGUAAUGUCCCACCUGACAGCCCUGCACCUCAGCAGACUGAAAUGCCCGGUGGUGCCGAGCAGCAGACCAUGAGAGUCUACCUCCGAGUCCGGCCCUUCUCUAAAGAGGAGCUGUCUGACAAUGAGGACCAGAGCUGUGUGGUGAUUGAAAGCAGCCAGACGGUGACACUGAAUGCACCAAAGGGAUCUGCCACCAUGAAGAGCAGUGAGAAGGGCGUUGGACUGUCACUCCACAAAUUCUCCUUCUCACAGAUUUUUGGAGCUGAGACGACACAGGCUGAGCUGUUUGAGAACACAGUCAAAAGCCAAAUGUCUGAUUUCUUGGAUGGAAAGAAUGCACUGAUAUUCAGCUAUGGUGUAACCAAUGCUGGGAAAACCUUCACAAUCCAAGGAACCCCCAAAGAUCCGGGAAUACUCCCCCGAGUGCUGGACGCCACCUUUCAGCACAUCGGAGGAGAUCAGUACGAGGGCAUGGACCUGAAACCCUACCUCAGGAAUGAUGCACAAUAUCUGGAUCCUGACCAAGUCAAGCAGGAGAGAAGUGUCAAGGCUGCCAUUUUUGCUUCAGUCAGAGAGGACUGUGAUCCUCUCAGAGCCAGCAGUGGCUCAGAGGCCUGUGCUGCUCCUCGUUUUUCCUCCUCCUCCUUGUCCCACAGUCCAGCAGUGUCGACCAGCAUCCCAACAGAAGAGGGCAGUGAGCAGUUUGCAUUAUGGGUAGCAUUCUUUGAAAUCUACAAUGAGUGUGUGUAUGAUCUGCUUCAACCUUCUCUGUGCACCAAGUCCAAGAAACGUGCCGCUCUUCGCGUCUGUGACGACGGGGCAGGAAACGCUUAUGUUAAAGACCUCCGGUGGAUCAACAUCCAGAACCUGGGCGAAGCCUCCAAACUGCUGCAGUUUGGAAACAGGAACAGAAGCGCUGCAGCCACGAAGAUGAACCAGGCCUCCAGCAGAAGCCACAGCAUAUUUACCAUGAAGUUACUCAAGACUGAUGGCAGCGCAGUCAAAAGGAUCUCAGAGUUCUCUCUGUGUGACCUGGCUGGUUCAGAAAGAUGCAACAAAACCAAGACGUUUGGAGAGAGGCUGAAGGAGGCGGGAAACAUCAACAACUCCCUGCUCAUUCUGGGGAAGUGCAUCACUGCGCUGCGCAACAGUCAGACUGACAGCAGAAUGAAGAGCAGCUACAUUCCUUUCCGAGAGAGCAAACUCACCAAGCUCUUCCAGGCCGUUUUCUGCGGCAAAGGCAGAGCGUCGAUGAUCGUCAACAUUAACCAGUGUGCCUCCACCUAUGACGAGACUCUGCACGUGAUGAAAUUCUCUGCUGUUGCCAAACAGGUGGUGCAGGUGAUCCCAGACAAGCCUCUGGAGUCUCUGGCCCCUUGUCUGGUCGGUCGCAACGGCAAACCUUUGGUGAGGAAUGGGAUGAUUGACAACCAGGCCCUGGAGAGCUUCCUGUCUGAAGAGGAGCUGCUUGAUGAGGAAGAUGAGGCCGACAUGUCUCUGCUGCCACAGAAUGAGCUUGUGAAUCUGAUUGAGAGCCUCCGAGCGAAACUCCUGGCUGAGAGAAGAAGAAACCUGGUGCAGGAAAUGGAGAUUCGAAAGGAAAUGGGAGAUGCCAUGAUACAGCAGCUCAUGGAGAGCGAAGAACUCCGCUCUCGUCAGGUAGAAGAGCUGAAGGAGAGCUACCAAGAAAAGCUGGAGAACACAUUUGAGAUGUACAAGGAUGUUAUCAAAGAACACGCCUACCAGAACGCUCUGAACAGCCUGGAGGACGAUUAUGUGCCUCUGGACGAGUUCAUCGCAGAGCAGGAGAAAGUAGAGGUCCUCAGGCGUAAAGUGUCAGAGCUGGAGACCCUCACGUCCGGUGUCAGUGGAGUUUCAGCUGUUCCAUCAGUGCACCAGUCCUCCCAGACUCAAGCACCAGCAGCAGGCGACGAUCGAUGCAAACGGCUGUACAAAGAGAAAUGUGCCAUGGAGAGGAUGUGUGAGGAUAAACAACAGUUGAUUUUGUCCCUGGAGAAGAGGCUGAUGGAGCUCAGUGAAACGCUUCAGAAGGUCAGAGAUGGCUUCCUGGAGAAAUCAGCUGAUCUGGAGGCUCUGCAGAGGAAGUGUGAUGACCAGACCAAAUCUAUUGACGACGUCCUCCGGCAGAAUGUUGAGAAGGAUAGGGAGAUUACCUCACUAAAGGAAGAACUUGCCAAAGUCUCCCAGAAGUCCCCUGUGCGGUCCAAGACCAAGCGCGGCCUGCUCGCCAACAUCAGGGAGGCGGUUACUUCUCCACGGAAGGGAGCGGCUGGUCGAUCUCUCAGGAAAACAGUUCGGACUGCACAUCACUGAACAGGCUUUUGCAAACUUCUCAUGGAUGGUUUAAGGGGACCUGGAACAGAGAAACCCUAACAAUCCCAGAGAAAUGGCUGGAGUGAGCCUCAUUUACUGUCUUUUAUUCAGGUGCAGUGUGUU